UGACCGUUGCGGCUGAAGCGACCUCAGUAUAUUACGAGAUUGUGAGCCAAUUCGAACAUGUUCUCUUCCUGAACUUCUUUUUCUCCCUUUAUAGAGCUGUCUCUCAGUCAUUCGUUUUCUUUCUACUAGCUACCACAUCCUCCUCUAAUUAUGUCUUCCCCUUCGCCCUCUCUUCGCAAGAGAGGCGGCAAGAAGGAGAGUACUCCCGUGCCUGCGGACAAUUUCUCGUCUCCUUAUUCUUCUACCAAAGCGCCUCGUCCCCAGUCAGAAUGGAGCUAUUGGCUGGCCAUUGCCGUUCUGACCGUGCUGGCUUUCAUCACUCGGUUUUACAAGAUUUCGUAUCCCAACGAGGUUGUCUUCGAUGAGGUGCACUUUGGAAAGUUUGCCUCGUAUUACCUCCAGCGCACGUACUUCUUCGAUGUUCACCCCCCGUUCGGCAAGCUUCUUUUCGCUUUCGUGGGAUGGUUGGUUGGCUAUGAUGGCCACUUCUUGUUCGACAACAUUGGCGAUUCUUACAUCGACCACCAGGUCCCCUAUGUUGCGCUGCGUGCCAUGCCCGCCACCCUCGGUGCUCUGACCGUGCCCGUGGUGUUCCUGAUCAUGUGGGAGUCUGGAUAUUCGCUACCGGCCUGUGUAUUGUCGGCUGGUCUCGUCUUGUUUGACAAUGCGCACAUCGGAGAGGAUCGGCUGAUCCUCUUGGAUGCCAGUUUGGUCCUGGCCAUGGCUCUGAGUGUGUUGUGCUAUGUCCGCUUCUACAAGCUGCGCCAUGAGCCGUUUGGCCGGAAGUGGUGGAAGUGGCUCCUCUUGACUGGUGUGUCUCUUAGCUGCGUCAUCUCCACCAAGUAUGUCGGCGUCUUUACUUUCGUCACCAUCGGAUCAGCGGUCUUGGUUGAUCUGUGGAAUUUGUUGGAUAUUCGCCGCCCUGGCGGUGCCCUCAGCAUGGCCCGCUGGAGCCAGCACUUCGCCGCUCGCGGCUUCGCACUGAUCGUUGUGCCAUUCUUCUUCUAUCUGUUUUGGUUCCAGGUUCACUUCGCCAUCCUCACUCGCUCUGGUCCCGGUGACGACUUCAUGACCCCUGAAUUCCAGGAGACCCUGAGCGACAAUGCCUUGACUGCGGAGUCCAUCGGCAUCCAAUACUACGACACUAUCACUAUUAGGCACAAGGAUACCAAGGUUUUUCUGCACAGUCACCUGGAGACAUACCCGCUUCGCUACGAUGAUGGACGUAUCUCCAGUCAGGGUCAGCAGGUUACCGGUUACCCAUACAACGACACCAACAACAACUGGCAAAUCAUCCCCACCGUCCCCUUCAAUGUCACUGACACCACUGGACACCCGGUACGGAACGGUGAUGUCAUUCAGCUUCGUCACUUGGGCACCGACACUGUCUUGCUUACCCACGAUGUGGCAUCGCCUUACUAUCCGACCAACCAGGAGUUCACUACCGUUCCUCAGGAGCUUGCGAACGGCGAGCGCCACAAUGACACCCUUUUUGAGAUCAAGAUCGAGAACGCGAAGCCCCAACAGGAGUUCCGAACUCUUUCAAGUCACUUCAAGCUGCUGCACAUGCCCACUCGGGUGGCCAUGUGGACGCACACGACGCCUUUGCCGGAGUGGGCCUUCAAGCAGGCCGAAAUCAACGGCAACAAGAACAUUCUCCAGACCAGCAACCUGUGGUACAUCGACUCCAUUGAAUCCCUGGAGGAGGGUAGCCCUCGUUUCCAGAAGGAAGAGCGUCAAGUGAAACAUCUAUCUUUCUUCCGCAAGUAUCUUGAGCUGCAGCGCGCCAUGUUCCAUCACAACAACGCUUUGACUUCCAGCCACCCUUACGCCAGCGAACCUUUCCAUUGGCCUUUCCUUCUCCGUGGUGUCAGCUUCUGGACCAAGAACGACACCCGGGAACAAAUCUACUUCUUGGGUAACCCGAUCGGUUGGUGGAUUGCGAGCAGUCUUCUAGCAGUCUUUGCGGGUGUUAUUGGUGCCGAUCAGCUGUCUCUCCGACGUGGUGUGGAUGCAGUGGAAGAGAUCUGGGGUCUGGGUGCCCGUUCCCGCUUGUAUAACAGCACUGGCUUCCUCUUUCUUUGCUGGGCGGCUCAUUAUUUCCCUUUCUGGUUGAUGGGUCGUCAGCGUUUCUUGCACCACUACCUUCCUGCUCACCUUGCUUCUGCCCUCGUUGCUGGUGCUCUCAUCGAAUUCAUCUUCAACUUGGAACCUGUCUCGGUUGUGAAAUCCGUUCCUUUGGAGGAUGAUUCGACAGGCAAGUCCAAGGCUACUGCUCGGAUCACUCACUUUGUGACGGCUUCGGAGCGUCUUGGCCGCAAGUCCCUGAUUGCCGGCUGGGCUGCUACUCUCGUGAUCCUGGCGGCCACCAUCUAUGGCUUCGUGUUCUACGCCCCGCUGACCUACGGUACCCCUGGUCUGGAUGUGCCUGGCAUCCUGGCCCGCAAGUGGUUGGCAUAUGACUUGCACUUUGCCAAAUAGAUUGAUUGAUGUCGCGCCUGCAGUGGGCAUGGUAUAGGGGUCCGGUGGAGACUCUACAUGCCCGGAGUAGGCGAUGAUCUGUGGCUAGGUGCUUAGGGUACACCGAGUAAUUCUCUGGAAGGGGCAAGGUGUAUUGUGCUUUGAUGGUCAAAGCACGAUUUCUAUUGUGUCUGUAUCCUACAAGCCGCCCAUUACCGUCUAUGUCUUUGAUUUACUUCAGUCUCUGC